CGCCCACGUUUUUAAUUAGAUAAGUAUGGCUGCCAGUAAAGAGAUCAAAUCUCUUCUUAAAUCAGCUCGUUCUGCUCUAGAUAGGGAAGACUAUCUUGAGGCUAUCAAACAGUGUCAGGCUAUAUUCUGGCAUGAUGACACUCAUUACCUUGCUCAUGUGUUGUGUGGUAAAGCUCAUUUAUUGUUGAAAGAAAUAGGAGAGGCCAGACACCAGUACAGGAUAGCAAUAACUUCUAAUGAGAAGGAAAUACUGGCCUGGAAGGGCUUGGCAGAUUUGUAUGAUAAGUACAGUCCUGGUAAUAAUGAUGAAAAGUUGGAAGCAAUAAAGACUUACAGUUAUAUACUAAACACUGUGACUGGAGAUGGAGAAAAAGAAUUCAAUUUGUAUUGUAAACUUGCUCCAUUAUAUGUGGAUGUAGGCCAAUUAGAAAAUGCAGCUGGAGCUUAUUUAUAUCUUUUAGUCUCUGCCUCUGCCUCUGGUUCCAUUACUGAGAGGUCAUUAUUAUUUCUACUACGUCAUCCUCAAUAUUCCCAGACCCAGUGGCAGCUAAUUGAAGGCAGUUAUAAAUCCUUCCUUUCUUCUCUGGCAGAGACUAAGAGGAUAGAGAUACAAACAUUAUUCAUUAGCUCCUGCAUGGAAUGGAUUAAGUUAGUGGAAGAUGAAGAAGUGAUUGAUAGUUUAUUGAAGACGGUACAAGAGGAAUGUGAAAUGUUAGAAAGUAAAGAGAGCCAAGAGACAUUACUCCAGCUGGAGAUAUGGAAGUGUUUAAAAGUACUGUCCAUUCAACCACUAACUGAAGAGGAUCUUAUCGCAAUAACACUGUUACUGGACAAGAGAGGAGAGGAGGAGGAGGAGGAGAGAGAAGGAGUGUGGCUCAUUUCUCAUUGUUUGGUAUUACUACAAUCAAGAAAAAUAAAAGAAGCUUGCACACUAGCCAGUAAAGGGACAGUCUCUUUACCAGACUCCUGUGAGGGCUGGUUCGUAUCAUGUGUCUGUCACAUGAAGGCACACGACUAUGAAGUUGUCAUUAAUAAUGCUCGGAAAGGAUUAGAAGCUUUGGGAAGUUUACCUUAUUUCAUACGGAGACAAGUAUCACAUUCAUUCCAUAUCUUACUAAUUGAGGCUCAACUCCUGGAGGGUAAUCAUAAACAAGAGGCUUUAACUUCAUGUGAAAAGUUGUACAGUGAGUCAUGUGACUGUCAUGUGAUCAGACUGUAUGUUAAGGCUCUCAUUGCUAAUGGAAUGAUACAUGAAGCUGAAGGAAUUAUUAAUGAUAAAGCUUCCUUGCUCAAUGAGGAGAAAGGAAUACUGAAUGAAUUAAAAGGUCAUUUAUUUGUGGCUAGAGGUGAUUUUGAUCAAGCACAUGACAAGUUUCAGCUAGCUAUAAAUGAGUGUCCUCAGUUCAGUGAGUAUCAUUAUUGGGCUGGUUAUACCAACUGGUAUAAUGGAAAUAGAACAAAGUCUUAUCCUUCACUGGUGAAGGCAGGUCAGUUGGAUAGUUAUAAUCCAGCUGUAUUUAAUAUGCUGGGACACUAUCAGAGACACGUUGCUAAUGAUAUCAAUCGUGCUGUUAAAUGUUAUAAAAAGGCAUUUACUAUUCAUCCUGGUCUAACUGAGGCUGGGAUAUCAUUAGGGGAGUGUCUGUCGGCAUUGGGUGAAGAGGAAUCUGCUUAUGAAGUUUAUCUCAAAAUUACAGAAAAAUCUCCACCUACAGAGGCGAGAGAGGCGUGGCUUAGAAUAGGACUAUAUCAUAGAAGACAUAGUCAAUAUGACGAAGCUAUUAAAUGUUAUUUGAAAGUUUUGCAUCAGAACGUUUCUGAUAGCAAUGUAUGGGAGUGCUUAGGUGAGGCUUAUCUCUCAAGAGGUAGUAACAUUGCAGCAAUGAAAGCAUUUGAAAAAGCAACUGAACUCAAUCCACAGUCCAUAUUCUCACAAUACCAGGUAGCAGCUAUACAACAGUUGAUUGGUCUGUUAUCUGAAGCUGUUGCCAGCUACACACGAGUCCUUGAGCUACAGGAUGAUUAUGUACCAGCUUUGAAAGGUAGAGCUGAGAGCUAUUAUAAGUUGUCACUGCUAGCCAUCAAUAAUGUACUGGACUCCAAAGCUGUCUCCUAUGUAUCGCUUGCUCUUAUUGAUCUAUCCAAAGCAGUAAAGCUAAAACCCUCAUUCAUUAGUCUGUGGAAACUGAUUGGAGAUUCUUGUCUCUCCUUAUAUAGCAUUGCCGAAACUGUUGCUAGGGUCAGCGUUCCUUCCGAGUUGCUAGGCAACGAUGAGGGAUUAGAAAUUAUCGGUAAAAAGGCUUUACUUGAACUUGGACUGAAAUCAUACAAGUGCAGCCUUCAUUUGUGUGAUGGCAAAUCUCCUUAUCUUCUUCACAAUCUUGCACUUAAUUAUUACCACCUAGCAGAGGUUGAAGACGAUAAAGAUGUCUCAAAAGAAUAUUUAGAAAUCUCAUUAAAAUUGAUUAAAAAUGCAAUCACUCUAUCACCGAGAGGCCACACUCACUGGAACGCCCUCGGAGUAAUAGCAAUGCACUCUAUUCUCAAGGAUUAUGCUUUGGCUCAGCAUUCAUUUAUUUCUUCAUUAAAGAUUGAACCAAAUAAUGCAGUAGUGUGGAGUAAUCUUGGUGCACUUUACCUCAUCAAUGACAAUGUUAAAUUGGCUCAUUUAUCAUUCGAACGGUCCCAGUCGUGUGACCCAAUGUAUUCUCAAGGUUGGAUUGGUGAUGGGUUAGUCGCUGAAAUCUUUGGCAAGUCGGAGGAGACCAGAAACUUCUUGGAGAACGUCAGUGAACUUCAAUAUCAUGAUGAAUCAGCAUUAGGUUAUGCUUAUUGGGUAUGUAAGACACUAACAGAAGGAGCUCCUUCUCACUCUCUCAAAGCUCACCAGAGCCUAGUACAAGCUAGGGACGGUAUAUUGAAAUACGUCAGACGUUAUCCUAAAGACUCUCUUGCCCUCAAUCUCCUGGGAUUGCUCUAUGAACACGAGGGGAUGAUGAAACAAGCCAAAGAGUCUAUAAGUCUCUCACUAUCACACAUGAAAGAAGAAGGAGGUAGUGGGUACUUACCUCUUGUGAUGCAUAACCACGCCAGGUUGCUGAGUGUGACCGGAUCUCACUCCGAAGCGUUGAGUUGUUACGAGUCACUAGUUGCCAUGGAAGCACCGGACGUCAGGCUGGGACAAGCCUUGGCACUGUUUAGGGCAAGGAAGUUUUCAGAAGCAGCAAAAAUGUAUCAGUUACUUGUGGAUGAUUGUGAUCCUGAUAGUAAGUCCCAGCUAUUGCUGGCAUUAUCAAUGUGUUCGUUUGCUGUUGAAGACAACGAGAGCUGCAAGAACCUCCUGUUUAAAGUUUUUCAAACUCCGCCUCCUUCCUUACAUGGUAUUGUAUCGUUGGCUGCUUUUGCUGGGUAUGUCAGUGACCCAGUGCUUCUCAAAGCAACUCUGGCAGAAUUAUUGAAAAUAACUGAGUCAAGUAUAGCCUCGUUGAGUGAGUCUUGCCUUUUUGCUUUACAUUCAUUAUCUUCAAUGUGCGACGAGGAUAAGGAGGUGUUAGAGGUAUUUGAUAAAAUCAUCAAUGCUAACACCAGUAGUGUCACUGUUAAUCAGAAACCUCACAUGUCAUUAAUAUUAAGAUCUCUCUCUGAUCUUUCUUUGGACGAAUCUCUCAGGGCCAUUCAAAAAGUAGUACAUACCCACCCGGGUUAUUUAUGGGCGUGGCCAAUGAUCCCGUACAUUAUGAUAGUGAUGGGUAGUGUUGAUAAGAAUCCUUCACUUGUUGGUGGAUAUUUGAAACUAGCUCAAAGCAAAGCUGAAGAGUAUUGCACAGAAAAAAGUGAAAAAGACAAAAGUGCCCAGUCCCUUAUUGACUGGUGUAAACUUCUUUCUAAUUUAAUUGUUGGCUCAAAAUAAAAA